AUGUCUUCGUCCGACCUGCUGCAGCGACUUCGAUGCUGGGCACUGACACUGAGCGUGGCCGUGGUGGCCGCGGUCAUCUUUCAUUCGGUGCAAAUCUAUCCUUGGUACAGGCUCUUCCUCGCUGAAUCUCAGCCAUGGUAUUUGGAGCGCAUGCCUCCAGCAGCAAUCUCGCAGCAAGGACCUUGCUUUCUCCCCAAAAGCGCUGCUUCAGAGUCUCCACAAAGCGAGGCCGUUGCGCCGAUUGGGUCGUCCCGAGAGGUAGGCUCGAAUCAGCACAUUUGCUUCCACUAUGCGUCUCGCUUUGAACCUUACCUGGCAGAAGCAUGGGGCAACACGUACAUGGACAAGACGCAAGUGCGACUCGGCCUGCAAGACAAGGCUGUCAUCACAAACGAUCUCUUGUGGUACGCGAACUUGUUGGCCGAGCAUGACCCCUUACAAUAUCCACACGUCGACUGGUCCAAGCUCUCCCCAUCACAGUCUUGCACAGCAAAUCAAAACGGCAUCAGACCGAACGUUACGAGAAAGGCAGAGGGCACCAAGUCCCGGACGGCUAUUGUCCUUCGCCUCUAUCAGCACUUCAAGUGGACGCAGGACGCUGUCCUUCACCUGCGCGCCCUUGUCUGGGAGCUGCGGACCGCUGAUCUCCCGUUCAAUGUUGAUGUGCAUCUUCUGCUCGAGGUCAAGGAUGCGGCAUCCCAUGUCGCCAUGUUCAGCGCUUCUGGCCGAAAGACGAUCCUUCGAGGCAGCGUUCCCAUCGAGUUCUGGCCCAUGGUCUCUCUGUGGAGCGAGAAGGAGAUGACGCUGCGCUAUCCGCUUUAUGGCGACUUCCGCGCUGGUAUCGACGCAGCCGGCUCGUAUCGUGGCUGCUUGCUGGCAUUGCAACGCUUUGCAGUCGAGCACUCCGAGUACGACAGUGUCGUCAACUGGGAGAUGGACACACGCUUCACUCACACAUACGAUCGACUACUGGACUCUAUCCAUACGUACGCUUACCAGAAAAGCGGGCAGACAUAUGCCCGUUGGCCAGUGCAAGGUGGCGAUCUCGACAGCUCCAGCAAGCCCGGUGCAGCAUGCGAAAACAAAACCGCCGACGUGAUUGUCUUUUCUCCUGUUCGUGAUCCACGUGGCUCAGGCUGGUAUUGGGAGUACGAUGUGCAAGGAUACCCAAGUAUGCGGUCUACGCCACGAGCUGCCUCUGUUGGCACCAACCUCUGGCUAAGCAGGCGAGCUGUCUUGGCUCUAGAGAACGUGACGGCCAAUCAGCAUCAAUCGUUCUUUUGCGAGGCGAUGGCUCCCAGUCUCGUAUUCGUCCCAACCGAUCUCGCCAGCGAAGGACGCGAUGAUCUCUGUGCGGAGCAGAUAAAGCUGGUUCAUUACCCUCACCCAGUCGCUUUCAAGUACGAAGCGUCGCCGGCGAAGCUCGAUCAGUUGCUGAAUCCGCCAAGGGCGGCCCUAUCCAAGUAUCACGAAGAAGCGCCCAAAGAUACUUCGUACUACUAUACGUCCACGAUCGCAGGCAAAAUCUACACACGCUGGCAAUCACAGGUGGACGCGUGCAUCCAGCCGUUGCUGCUGCAUCCCAUCAAGAGCCAUAGUGUGCUGGGCAGGUUCAGGGCGACAUCAAACGCUAUCUGGGCCGCACAUUUGAUCCACGAGGGCAAGUAUCACUCUUCCGGUGGGACCUUGAACGUCCUCGCUACGUCAGCAAAAGACCCUGGAUCAUGA